AUGCACUAUUUCCAAACGACGAAUGCUGAAAAAGUUCCCGAGUAUGAGAUAUUGAACUUGGCUAGUGCUUCCGAAGUGAACCCAUUUGGAGAUGAGGUUGAAUAUGAGUUUACAGCCUUUGAUCGACCGAUAAAUUUGAAACUGAAGAAAAACCUCGAUAUAGUAAACCCGUCAUUCAAAACGUACAUUCACGACGAAAACGGUGUAAGAUUCUUCAAUGAAACCCCUUCGGAUUGCCACUAUUUGCACGAAGAAGCCAAUCUAGUGGCGGCUUUGAGUCUUUGCGCGCCUGGAGCGGUGCAAGGGCUCAUUUUUGCCGAUAAUUCUUCAUUCGAAAUUCAACCGCUGCUUCCAAGGCUUCAAAGGCUAACCAAGCGCCACGCGGGAGGCGAAACAGCCCCACAUAUCAUAAAGCGAGCACGGUUCGACAGUGAUUUUUUAUUCGAUGAAAUUUUUCCUAUCGCUGGCAACGCUUGGAAUCGGCAGAAGGCCGUAGAAUCAAACAAACUCGAGGACUUCUUGGACGAGGAAAUCUUUGAAAAUUCCGACUAUUUCCUGCCUAGACGAGGCCAGAGUAUGACGCUGGAGCUGGCUCUGUUUUUCGACGAAGCGGCCUUCAAGAUAUUCGCCCCAUUCUUCAGCUACGACGACAAGAAGCUGCAGAACAUGCUCUUGGCCUAUAUCAACGGGGUGCAAGCACUGUACCAUCAUCCGAGCCUGGGAACCAGCCUCGAAUUAGUACUGGUUCGGCUGGAUAUCAUGAAGAAACAGCCCAGAGCGAUGCCGCAUUACAAUGGCGAAAGGUCGCAACUGCUGGACAGUUUUUGCCAGUACCAAGCGGAUAUCAACCCGAAAGAUGAUAAAAAUCCUGAGCAUUGGGACAUGGGGUUGUAUGUUUCCGGUUUAGACUUUUUUGCGUACGAAAAUGGGAAAAAGAGCGGCGUCACUAUGGGUCUAGCCACAGUGGGCGGAGUCUGUCUGGACAAGUACGCUUGCGUUAUUGCGGAGUUUGGCACGACCAAUGUGUUUGGCAAACCGUACCCCAGUGCCGGCUUCACCAGUGUCUACAUUCUUGCGCAUGAAAUCGGCCACAACUUGGGGAUGCACCAUGAUAGCACGGGAAACAGUUGCCCCAAAGAAGGAUACAUAAUGUCGCCAUCCCGGGGCACCAACGGGGAAACCCAAUGGUCCUCAUGCAGUGCUGAAGUGAUGGCUAAACUGGAUUGGGCAAGCUGUUUAAAAGACGCGGCCAAGCCAGUGAAAGGCAAAGACCAUUCCCGGUUCCUGGACAUUCCUGGAAGAAUCUACACGGCAAAGAGACAGUGCGAAGUGCUGCUACGGGACAAGGACGCGGUGAUGUCGCCCAACCAACCGCAGGCCGAUAUUUGCUUCAGUUUGCAGUGCAAAACCCCGCAUAGGAGCGGAUUUUAUUUCGCUGGACCUGCCUUGGACGGGACGCCUUGCGGCACUGCGAAGUACUGCUAUGGAGGCCAUUGCAGCUCGCGCCAGCCCCCAAAGCCGGUUAAAGUCACCCCUGGGGGCUGGAGCGUCUGGAGGAAGGGACUGUGCACGUCCGGGUGCAUCCAGAAAGCCAAGGGAAUGCAAACGAGUACCAGAGAGUGCAACAAUCCGGCCCCAGUUAACACUGAUCAGGGCUGCGAGGGAGUUAAUUCCCAGUUUAAUUUUUGCAGGGACGACAACAUUUGUGCAGGAAAACGGCAAUCUCCAGUGGUGUACGCCUCUAAGAAGUGCAAGGAGUUUUCGAAGUUGCUUCCAGAACUGGACCCAAAAGGAGCGGGGCUUCAAGCCCCUCAUGAAGAUGGGCGCGUAUGGACAAGUUGCGCGAUUUUCUGCAAGCGCAGGGACUCAGGAGCUUUUUACACCCCCAGAAUAGAGCUGAACGAUUUAGGGGUUUCUCCCUACUUUCCUGAUGGGACUUGGUGCCACAAGGACUUCACUGGCAUGAACUACUUCUGCAUGCACCAUCACUGUCUUCCAGAGAACUUCCAGUUUACGAAAAAGCAAAUUCCCACUCUCGAUGAUGUGCCGUUCUCCCAAAACGCCAGACCCAACAAGCCGCCCAUUCCGCCCAAUUUGAAGAAUUACUUUGCCUUGAGUCCAAACGGUCGCCCCAUCCAGACCUCCUUUAAGAACACUGAUCUGUAUUCUACUAAUGAGGAGGAGUGGGAGACUAAGGAUUAUGUUGAGCUGCCCAGUAUUCAAAAGCGAUUUCAGGCUUUGCAGCAGGAAGUUAGCGAUUUUGAUUUUUUUUGAGGAUUUUUUAGUUUUGAACUAUGACCUUUUUCUAACGACUUGAAAUAAAUAUAAAAAAUAUUUUGAAAAA